AUGAAUACAAUCCUGGAGUUAUUGGAUGAAAGACGUGAAGCUGCCCUUGUUCGAUUGGCCGCUCGGAUCGAGAGGUUCUACGAUCAGAUUGUUGGCGCAAACUACCAGCGUCGGCUGUGGAAUUCAGGUCAGGCAGUUUUCCGGUUAAACGAAGGAGGAACGUCUCUGCUGGAAUUUGCUAGAGCAUUUGAUUUGGUGAUAACAAAUUCGAGUUUCCCGAAGAAGAGGGAGCACUUGGUCACCUUUCGGAGUUCGGUGGCCGAGACUCAGAUUGAUUAUGUACUUUGUAGGAAGUCCGAUAGAGGUCUUUGGACGGAUUUCAAGGUCAUCCCAAUUGAGAACCUCUCGACCCUUUAUAGGCUCCUGGUCAUGGACCUUGAGAUCACGAGGAAGAAGAGGAAGAGGGCGAUGUAUAGCCAACAUAGGAUAAAGUGGGGAGCCUUGACGGAAGCUAAAGCGCAGGAGUUGGGUGUCAAGCUGGUGACUAUGGGGGCUUGGAAGAGUAGUGGGGACGCAAGCACUAUGUGGACCAUGACUGCGCAGUGCAUUAGGGAAGCCGCGAGAAAGGUAUUAGGGGUCUCAAAGGGUAACUCUGGUGAUCACAAGAGAGACUGGUGGUGGAAUGAAAAGGUGCAAGGAAAAGUGGAUACCAAGAAAGCAACGUAUCUGAAGCUAGCGGAAAGUGUAGACGAGGAGGAGAAGAGGGCGAAUAGGGAACAUUAUAAGUUGGCUAAGAAAGAGGCUAAGCUAGUAGUUACGGCGGCAAAGACUGCAGCUUUUAGUCGGCUGUAUAAGGAACUCGAGGGUGGGGAUAAGAGGUUGUUAAGGGUGAUUAGAGUUGAUGAAGUUGAGUGUGCUAUGCAUAAGAUGAGCAGGGGCAAAGCGACGGGACCGGAUGAAAUCCCGGUGGAGUUUUGGAAGAAUGUUGGCAAAGCGGGCUUGGAGUGGCUCACUAGUUUGGGAGAGAGUGGUAGAGCUAAGGGUGAGAAGGAGUGUACUAUUUCUGAGAAACAAUUUGGGUUUAUGCCUGGGCGUUCGACUACAGAAGCCAUCUACCUUGUUAGGAGAUUGAUGGAGCAGUAUAGGGAGAGAAAUAAGGACUUUCAUAUGGUGUCCAUCGACUUAGAAAAGGCGUACGAUAAAGUUCCGAGGGAGGUUUUGUGGAGAUGUUUGGAGGCUAGAGGUGUUCCUGUUGCCUAUAUUAGAUUGAUUAAGGACAUGUAUGAUGGAGUAAAGACUUGA